UAAGACACAGUCUCAUAACCCUUCGUUGCAUCGCGUACUAUUCACUUCGUUGGCUGCAAGGAUGCGACUGUUCGCAAUAAUAGCGGCGCUGCUUCAAAUCGGUUUUUGCGGUCAUGUAACUAUUAGGAUGCCGUACUUGAACCCGGCGGGUGUAACAUAUGUGGACAGUCUUCAAACGCAGGAUGAGGCGUUCGAGCACGUCUCCGAUACUUCAUUGCACAAUGUCGAGACGUCUCUUCAGUACGUAGCCCCAGUGAUUCCCGGCAAGAUCGAGACGCACCACGUCGGAUAUGCGAACGCUCAGGUACCCGCGGUAGCCGCUGUACCUUUCAUCAAGCACGUACCGACGGUAUCUCAUGUACCGGUCACUACGAUAGAAGCUCAACCUGGUUUGGUGGAGAAACAACUCGAUGUGGUGAAGCCUGCGGUCACGAGCCGUAAGAUUGAGGUGCGUCGUCCAGCGAUUCAGAAACAAUUUUACGACAUCGAAGAGCGGGUAAUUAUCCGUCCAGCUGGGUCAGCUGUAGUUGAGCUGGACGAACCGACAUCGAAGCUGCAAAAAGGACCAGUCGUCACUCAAACUUUGGAAUAUCCUCAUGCUCAUGGCAUUUACGCUCACGCCGACGUGAUCCCUGAUAACGUACCAGUCGCACCUACGGCCAUCCCUGUAGUCGCAUCUGUUCAUCUUCCGAUCGCUCCUGUCAUCUCUCACACGACAUCGUCGCCUUUGUCGUUUCCCUCCUCAACGUCAGCACCGAAUAACCCCAGUAUCAAUAACGUGGAAAGCGAGUCCGUCGUGAUUGAGAAUCCUGAUUUUCGUAAUGCCAUUAAUCGAGCGCGCCUUCCUCAGGUUCGAAAAUUUGAGCCUCGUGUAGUCGCCGAAUCGAGUGGUACGCCCUUGGACACGUCUGUUACACGGUUUAUCGCUCAUGAUCCUUCUCCAACUGUGAUACCCAGUCGAAGAAUCAGUGCCGAGGAUAGUAAAAUUAAUCAAAACAGACUCAUCGAUCUCUUAACUGCUCGUAGCGGUGUUACAGAGGUGGGUUUUGGUCGCGGUGGAGCAAUUGGGACGCCAAUCGGUGAUGCUGGAUACGUACGAGCGCGCAUUUUAUCCGUGACAUCAAGUCCGGAGUACGCUGAACCAACCGGAGAACGCGUAUCCACUCGUCGCGUUGUUAUCAGCAGACCGAUCGAGACUUUUCAAGAAUAUGAUAUCGUAGAGCCUGCAACCAAAAUUGAAAGAGUUGCUGUGCAGCAACCUACAUUGAUCAAAACGGCUCGCGUAGAUCACGUGCAACUACAUGGAUCCGUACCGGUAGUUGGCAAAGCUCUCGCACCUGCGGUAGCACACACCGCAGUUCCAGUUUAUCAAAGAACAAUCUCUCCGGCGUACUAGUACUAUCAAUUAAGAAUAUUAGCUGACUUUCUCUUUUAAAAUAUGAUUUUUGUGAUAAAUAUUUUCAGAGAGCGAUAAAUUGUAAAAAAUAUUCGAGAUAUCGAUUUUUCUAAAAACAUUUUUCUAAAAACAAAAAAUACGUUUGAGAUAUUAUAAGAUUCCAAAGUGUUUUCUUACUCUCGUAUAAAUGUUUUUCUAGUAUAAACUGGAGAUGAAUUAAAACUAAAUAGUAGCUAAUAAAUAGGUUAGGUGAAUAUUGUGAUUAUUACAAAUAAUAAUAACAGUAUAAUGUAAACAACAUGCGAUUAAGCAAAAUAUAUAUAUAUAUAUAUAUAUACAUAUUAUCGCGGAACUAUUGCGCUGCUUGAUAUAGAUAUUUUUUUUCAUUAUAAGCAAAAUAUUACAUAUAUAAGAUAUGAUAAUAACAUGUGUGAGUUUUUUUAACAGUUAAACAUUUUCCAAUGAACGAUAAAAGUUUUGUUUGAAAAACAAUAAAAGUUUUUUUGAAUGUAAACGUCACUAUUUAUUCCACUAUUAGUACCCACAUAUAUGAAAAUUUAUAUUUUAUUUAUCUGGUCGCAACUUAACGUUUAGAGACUUUAAUGAAGUCUUUAAUGAAGUAAACGUGUAGAAUUUUACACAAUUUAUUCUCCUAUAAAUUUCUCCAAAAUAUUUCCGUACUACUAAAUAAUCGCUGCUUUUACGCCUAAUUCCACGUUGCCAAUAUCGAUAAUAUUGAUGAAAUAUGCACUUUGAGCAAUCAUACAAGAAAUGAAUGUAAAAUAACGAUCUAUCGCGUUUCAGGUAUGUAUGUAUAUAUA